AUGGUAAAAAGUCAAUUAUUUGAAAUUAUCAAAGAACACAAAGAACCACCUGUCUACGAAGUCGAUUUACUAUUACAAGAUCAUGGGCAUAAAGUGGUAAGACUUCCUCCUUACCACUGUGACUUGAACCCAAUCGAGCUCAUAUGGAGUCUUUUAAAAAGGCGGAUAGCAGAAAAAAACGUGGGUCAAGAAGCAAAAAAUAUAGUCAAAAUAACCGAAGAUGCAUUUCGUAGUAUCACACCAGAAGAAUGGAUGAAAGAGUGCUGUCACGUCGAGAGCAUUGAAGACAAGUACUUUAACGAUGGUAUAGCUGUUGAUAAUGAAAUAGAUCGAUUUAUAAUCGCAGUAGGGGAUGACAGUGAUACUUCAGAUAGCAGUGACCCUGGAGAUAGUGACAGCAGUACUAUAUCAGGUGUAGGACCGUUGGAGGAGCACAAUUAUUUUAAAAAAUAAUGCCUUUUUAAA